AUGGCUCUCACGAAGAUUCGACUUCCGCAUCCAUAUCUCACAACCUACUACUUAACUCCUUCUGAGAGAACUCAAGACGGCUCUCAGCUACUGCAAUUGCGCAAGUCUCAGGAUGAGGAAUCAAAUCCAUUUUCUGACGCCUUACACAAUGAAAAGCUGUACCUUGGGCCUCUUGAGCCGACAAUUCCAAACCAAGCUACUCCGGAAUCAAACAAUACCGCUUGGGCGCGAGCACAACGCAGCCCCUCCUCCCUUUGUACCUGGCAAGAUAAUUCAACCCCAACGGUAGGCCAGAUUUGGCUAUAUCUCUACGCGAUAUUCACGCUCAACGAGAAUGUUGAGGCUCUCCGUCUUAAGCUUCAAGGCCAUGAGACAGAAGAGCUGGCACAGGCUCUCCGAGUUUCAAUGGUGGCCAUUGAUCACCCACAACCUAUCGAUGACACUCUGAAGUGGGUUUCUUCUCCAAAUGAGUUGCUCAUUUUGCGCAACGCCUUUUGGCAGGGCUGUGCAUCUCCCCUGGGAAACCAACCUAUUUGGCUUCCAAGCUGGAUCUCUGCUACAACAGUCCCUCAUCUUGACUACACCAUGACCUCUACCGAAACCUCCCACUGUCGACACCCUCGCCGCAAUCCCAAACCUACCCCCGGUUCCGUUGUCUACAGUCGCUAUAUCCCUUUCUUGGACGAGCAUUUCUCGCUUGUUGCACUUGAUUACAAGAAUGCCGAGCACUUGAAUCUCUUUCACACCUGGCAAAAUGAUCCUCGAGUGGCCAAGGGGUGGAAGGAAACCGGCACGUUGGAUGAGCAUCGCGAGUAUUUGCGUCGACAACAUGAAGAUCCACAUACUUUGACAGUCCUUGGCCGCUUCAAUGAUACCGCGUUCUCCUAUUAUGAGAUUUUCUGGGCGAAAGAGGACAGAAUCGGUGCUCACUACGAUUCUGACGAUUUCGAUCGUGGUCGCCAUACACUCGUGGGCAAUGAUGCUUUCCGAGGACCUCAUCGUGUAAUGGCAUGGUGGCCUAGCAUGAUUCAUUAUGUGUUCCUUGAUGAUCACCGCACGCAAAAUGUCAUCGGAGAGCCACUUUCCACCAACGACAAGGUUCUCACCUAUGACUACACUUUUGGUCUUCACCAAUCUCAAAUUAUUGACUUGCCGCAUAAACGUGCCAGCUUGGUCAAGUCUACUCGGGAGCGCUUCUUCCAACUUUGUCCAUUCAACCAAGUUAGUCCUCACAUUGCUGGAACUGGACUAGCUUUCAAGCCUCGACUAUAG